GUACGUAGUGUUGAGCAACCGACGAAGGUCGUAAUUCUCAGACACACCUUGCCAACGCACGUUACUAUGUCACACCAUCUGAAGAACUAACAAGGAUCAACAAUCGAGUACCGAAUAUCUACAAAAAAACAAUUAGUCGCAUUCGUGCGGGUGAGAUGCUAACGGUCUGAACGCUGCAAACUAAGACACGAAUUUGUUUUUGUUUUCAUUGUAAAGUUGUAAAAUAAAAAUGGAAAAGAUGCUGCUGCAGUUGAUGGUUUCGGUGGUGCUGCUGGGACAGUUCGGUGGAUACGCUAUGGACAAUCUGAAAGUGGCUUUUCAGUGGAAACAAGUGGACUUUGAAUUUCCAUCCGAAGAUGCGAGGAACGCGUCGAUUGAGAAGGGCGAAUUCGUGCAGCAGAAUAACCUGCCCUUAGGGCUCGAGGUGCACGGGGAUCGACUCUUCAUCACCGUUCCAAGGUGGAAAUCUGGUGUAGCCGCAUCAUUGACCUACAUUAAAUUAUCAGAUUCAAUGGAUUCGCCUAAGUUGAGACCGUAUCCCAACUGGGAAGCGCACAAAUUGCCGCAGACUCCAGGUUCGGAUCCACCAGAAAUUGUCUCGCCAUUCCGUGUAAGGGCUGAUCAAUGUGGAAGACUUUGGGUCUUGGAUACAGGAGUCGCUGAUCUUCUGGGAGACACCCAGGUCUACUCUCCUGCCAGUUUGUUGGUCUACGAUUUACAUAAUGAUGCGUUGUUGAGGAGAUACCAAAUACCUAAAGAGCAAGUUAAGGAGGACAGUUUCUUGGCUAACAUCGCCGUCGAGGAUGAAAUUUGCGAUGACGCUUAUGCCUAUCUAGGUGAUCUGGGUAAAGCCGGUUUAAUUGUGUAUUCGUGGAAGAAGGGAAGCUCUUGGAGAGUUUCGCAUAACUUUUUCAAUAUGGAUCCGUUGGCUGGAGACUUCAAUAUAUCCGGUAUAAAUUUCCAAUGGCAAGACGCUUUAUUUGGUUUGGCUCUCAGUGGUGCCGGUAGAGAUGGCUUCAGUACUCUCUAUUUCCAUCCGAUGACUAGCACACACGAGUUCUCAGUGAGCACCAAAUACUUAAGAGAAGAUUCUCUAUCAAGCAGUUAUCACAACUACAAGGUGUUGGGAAGCAGAGGUCCGAACGCGCAGAGCAGCGUCUCGUUCUUGGAUAAGAAUACCGGAGUUCUUUUCUACGCUCUACCUAAUCUGAAUGCCAUCGCUUGCUGGAGAACAACAACUCCUGCCUACACGAUGCAAUCCCAAGGACGAGUGUUCAUGAGUAAUCUAUCCAUGGUUUUCCCGAACGACAUCAAAGUCGACGCCAAGGGCAGCCUGUGGGUCUUAUCCGACCGUCUACCAACAUUCAUGUACUCUCGCCUCGACGAGAACGACAUCAACUUCAGGAUUUUGACAGCCACAGUUGCAGAUGCCAUCCUAGGAACCGCAUGCGACGAUAAGCUUGUAGUACCGGGUCCAGGCUCCAACAAAUCCACAGUUGUAAUCACGCCGAGAAGCAGUGCAUCCACAUUCCCAUCUGCACUACCACUGCUUCUUGUCACCUUGGCUUUGUUCUUUUUGCACUGAUGAGUUUCUGUUUGAUUUCAUUGCGUGCCAUUCAAACGAUUCCAACAACUUUUCGCAAAAAAAAAACUCCACCGGCCUCGCAAUAUAAACUCAAGUUACCAUAUUUAUUAUUAUUAAUAAUAUAAGAUAUAUUUUAUCAAUUAUUUUACGUAAUAUACAUAUAAAAUUAUUUUUUUUCAUGUAAAUUGUAAAUAUUGUUUUCGCUUCGCAACUCUAGCGACAUCCGAAUACAAAUUCCGAAUGCAAAUGAUCGGAUAUUUCUAUUCUUGCGUAACGCCAAUUGAGAAAAGAAAUCGUUGCGAUUUGGUAAAUAAAACACUUUCUAAACGUAAAUAAAACGCUUCAGAAAAAUGCGUUUCAAGGAUCCGAGCUUUUGUGUUUCGUUUUUAUUUUCCGCUGUUGUUAAGGGGAAUAUUUUCGAACCUUGAAGGUUUGUUAUUACGACUAUUUAUCGAUUGAUUAGUUGCAUGUUAUCAGUGUAUUUCAUAAUCAGUUUUUCUCCGUCUAGUUUCCGAUUAUUGCGUUUGCAACUAAUUGAAUUUUUUUAAUGAAAUUCAAACAAUCGUAAUAUGUUAAUUUCAACGUACAGAU